CACACAUUCGUGUUGAGGUUGCUUCCAGGAGAUGAUGGUCGGGUAGAAUGACCCAUACGGACGGCGUAACAUUGAGUUUAGCAUUCACGCGACACAAGCAUCCAACCAAGCACAUUCCCGUGGCUUGUACGUUAGGCGUGUUUACACAUGGAGGUUUGAGUGGGCCGCAUAUCGCUGUGAGGAACAAUGCUCGAACGGAUGUAACGUGACCUUUCGUCCAACAAGAGCAGCAUUGUGUCGGAGUGAUGACAGAUGGGAGGAUCAGGUAAAACUGUAGGUAACAUUCAAGCUUCUCAACAUCCACAAAGCAGAGUUGUUGAUAAACGCGCCA